AUGGAGCUGGGCUGUGUGUCCCCAGGCAGGGCUGCUAGUGGUAUGGAGCUGGGCUGUGUGUCCCCACGCAGGGCUGCUAGUGGUAUGGAGCUGGGCUGUGUGUCCCCAGACAGGGCUGUAGUGGAAAACCACUGCCUGCGUAUUAAGAUCCUGGGAGACUGCUACUACUGUGUGUCUGGGCUGCCAGAGGCCCGGGCCGACCAUGCAUCCUGCUGUGUGGAGAUGGGGGUGGACAUGAUCGAGGCCAUCUCGCUGGUGAGAGAGGUGACGGGGGUCAACGUGAACAUGCGUGUGGGAAUCCAUAGCGGCAGGGUGCACUGUGGGGUGCUGGGACUCAGGAAGUGGCAGUUUGAUGUGUGGUCCAACGAUGUCACGUUAGCCAAUCACAUGGAGGCCGGGGGUGCGGCAGGGCGGAUCCACAUCACCAAGGCCACUCUGAACUACCUGAGUGGAGACUAUGAGGUAGAGCCAGGAUCAGGAGGAGCAAGGAACAUCUAUCUGAAGAAACACAACAUAGAAACCUACCUCAUCGUGGGCUGCAGCCAGAAAAGGAAAGACGAGAAGGCGAUGAUAGCCAAGAUGAACCGUCAGCGCGCCAACUCUGUCUCCCACAACAUGGGCCCCUGGACCGACCGGCCCUUCUACAACCACAUGGGAGGAAACCAGAUCUCCAAGGAGAUGAAGAGGAUGGGAUUUGAAGACCCCAAGGACAAAAACACGCAGGAAAACCUGAACCCAGAAGACGAGGUGGACGAGUUCCUCGGGAGAGCCAUCGACGCCAGGAGUAUCGACCGGCUACGCUCGGAACACGUCAAGAAGUUCCUGCUGACCUUCAGAGAACCAGACCUGGAGAAGAAGUACUCCAAACAAGUGGACUCCAGAUUUGGAGCGUACGUGGCCUGCGCCUCUCUCGUCUUCCUCUUCAUCUGUUUCAUCCAGAUUGUCAUUGUACCACACUCCACUCUGAUGAUUGGGUUCUAUGUCACCUGUCUGAUCAUCUUGAUGGCUGUCAUGUUUGUCUCAGCAGUCUACUCCUGUUUUGGGUUUUUCCCAGCGUCUCUACAGACUCUGUCCAAGAUGAUAGUCCAGUCCAGACUCAACAGCACCCUGGUGGGAGUCUUCACCAUCCUCCUGGUCUUUCUCUCUGCCUUCAUCAACAUUUUCACCUGCAGUACUGGAGACCUGAGGGAGUGUCUGAGCUGGGAACUGAACAUCAGUCGCAGCAGUGUGAACGCCUGCCAUGCACGCAGCCUCAACUACACCCUCGAAUCACUGGAUGGCUUCUGUGGCAGCCCCUCACCCAACUGCAACUUCCCUGAGUACUUCUCUUCCUGUGUGUUGUUGACCCUGCUGGCCAGCUCAGUUUUCCUACAGGUCAGCAGUAUAGGUAAACUCUUACUCAUGCUCUUCAUCGAGAUCUUCUACGUCCUCAUCAUGGAGGUGCCAGAGGUCAGCCUGUUCGACAACGUAGACCUGCUGGUCAUGGCCAACGCUAUUGAGCACAUAAAUGGAACAAGCUGUGUGAUGGACUCUAAGGUCCCUCUGAAGAUCAUGACUCCCGUGGUCAUCACUGUCUUCGUCCUGGCUUUGUAUCUACACGCCCAGCAGGUGGAGUCCACAGCCAGACUCGACUUCCUCUGGAAACUACAGGCCACAGAGGAAAAGGAGGAGAUGGAGGAGCUACAGGCUUACAACCGUCGCCUCCUCCACAACAUCCUCCCCAAAGACGUGGCUGCUCACUUUCUGGCGCGAGAGCGUCGGAACGACGAGCUCUACUACCAGUCCUGUGAGUGUGUGGCCGUCAUGUUCGCCUCCAUCUCCAACUUCUCUGAGUUCUACAUAGAGCUGGAGGCCAACAACGAAGGAGUGGAGUGUCUCAGGCUGCUCAACGAGAUCAUUGCAGACUUUGACGAGAUCAUCAGUGAGGACCAGUUCCGCCAGCUGGAGAAGAUAAAGACCAUCGGCAGUACCUACAUGGCAGCUUCUGGCCUCAACGCCUCUACCUACGACAAGGAAGGCCGCUCACACAUCAGAGCCCUGGCAGACUACGCCAUGAGACUCAUGGAUCAGAUGAAGUACAUUAACGAACACUCCUUCAAUAACUUCAAGAUGAAGAUCGGUCUGAACAUGGGUCCAGUGGUGGCUGGGGUGAUCGGGGCCAGGAAGCCCCAGUAUGAUAUCUGGGGGAAUACAGUCAACGUGGCCAGCCGCAUGGACAGCACUGGUGUACCUGAGCGGAUCCAGGUGACCUCAGACCUGUACAACGUCCUGAACUCCUAUAACUACACACUAGAGUGCCGAGGCCUGGUCAAGGUGAAGGGUAAAGGAGAGAUGCAGACCUACUUCCUCACUGGAGGACCUCCCAGCAGUUAACACCAGGCUGUGUCCCAAAUGGAAACCUAUUCCCUMUAUAGUACACUACUUUUGACCAGGGACAUAGGGCUCUGUUCUAAAGUAGUGCACUAUAUAGGAAAUAGGGUGCCAUUUCAGACACAGCCUAUUCAGAAGCAGCCCCAGUAACAGACUGACACUGGUGCAGGAAAAGGCUGAGAGGAGAGGGGGUAUUGGACUAAAAGGGGCUGACCCCCCCAAGUCUUUGACGAGCAGGCUCAUGGACAUGUGUUUGCUUGGGGAACUGACUGCCCCCCAUCAACACCCCUUGUCCUAGGUUUAUCUCCUCCCUACGUGCAGAGGUCAGCCUCCGAUUGGACCAGAGUGAAGGAGACCCCACCCAGCCUCCUCUCGGAUUGGGGGAAAGAGACCGGGAGGAGCUCASAGGGCCUGAGUUCGCUGAAGAGACCAAAGAAAUCCCAUCAGACUACAGCAGACAGGGACACAUUGUGACAGCAGCAUUCUCUCACGGUCUUAUUUCUAUAGGUCAUAGUGUGAGUUAAGGAAUGGCUAAGAGCCAAUCAUCUUGCAGUACUGUAGAUCUCUGUAAGGUUUUCUGAGGAAAUGGAUCCACUAUGUGUGUCUUCAUAGACAUUCUGCUGAAAGAGCCAAGUAGCUCUAAACAAAACCUGCAUGAAGACACUGAAACCCAUAUAUACACAUAAAACAUUCGGAAAGUAUUCAGGCCCCUUCACUUUUUCCACAUUUUAUUAUGUUAGACUUUUUCUAAAAGGGAU